UAAAGAACAAUUGAAAUGACGUCACUGCCGGCACAGGGCAAGUAAUCGAACCUUGAUUCCAUCUAAAGCGCAUGUGUCAAAGGUGAAAGAUGGCUAACCACAGACCUGAGGCUGCUAGCCCAGGCUCAGCAUCACAGGGACCACUGGCUACUCAGUUACUGCAGCGUCUGGAAUCAAGGAUCACUGACUCGUUAAGUCAACCAUACUUUAAUUUGGACUACUUCCAGUACGUUGUAAAUCAGGAAGCCUUUAUUCUUACAUCUGCAUCUAGCAUUUUAAACAUCCCAGCUGAAAUUGUGGAGUGUCUUUUAUCCCUUCAAAGAAUGAUUCACGCAGCUCUUUCACAAGUGAGUCCCUGUGUUUUUAUUAGAGAAGGAGGACUCGGCCGACCAAAAUUUAGUUUUUCUGAGGAGCUGCUGUCCAGUCUUAUUGACAUGCCCUUACCAGUGUCUUGUAUCGCCAACCUGCUGGGUGUCAGCCAAAGUACAAUUUUCCGGCGUAUGCAUGAACUCAGGUUGUCCACAAGACUUACAUACAGCAGUUUAUCUGACAGGGAUCUGGAUGAUGCUGUCAUCUCCAUAAAAACCAGGAUCCCAAACGCAGGAUACAGAAUGGUUAAAGGUUGCCUCCAAGCAAAUGGACAUAGAGUUCAGUGGAAUCGCAUCAAGGAGUCCAUGCACAGAGUUGCUGCUCCAGGAAUUUUGGAAAGAAUGACACAGCUUGGUUGCAUCGUCAGGAGGACAUACUUCGUACAGCGGCCUUUGUCAUUAGUGCACGUGGACACUAACCAUAAGCUCAUAAGGUACAACAUCGUCAUAUUUGGAGCAAUAGAUGGUUACUCCAGAAAGAUACUGUAUCUGGAACCAGCAACAAAUAACUGGUCAAACACUGCCCUUUCAUUUUUCCUUAAGGCAGUGGAAAACUUUGGCUGGCCUUCUAGGGUCAGGGGCGAUGAAGGCGUUGAAAAUGUUGCAAUUGCUGAAACCAUGUUCAGUGUUAAAGGCACCGGAAGAGGGAGCUUCAUCGCUGGGCGAAGUGUACACAACCAAAGGAUUGAACGCCUAUGGCGAGAUGUCUGGACCUCUGUCACUCAUCUGUACUAUGAAGUUCUUCACAGUCUAGAAGAAGAUGGCCUGUCGGAUUUGUCAGAUGCUGUCCAUCUGUUUUGUGCCCAUUAUGUGUUCCUUCCGCGUCUGGCAGAGGCCCUUCACACAUUCACAGAGGGCUGGGACAACCAUCCGUUACGAUCUGAAGGUGGACUCACACCUAACCAACUCUGGAACAUGGAGCUGUUUGGAACUGACUGGGAGAUGUUUGAUGGUGUGCCUGAAGAACCUUAUGGAGUUGAAGUCCCAGAAAUUGAGUGCCCCCUGACUCCAGCUAGUAUGGAAACUGCAGAAGGGGCUUGUGUCCCUGUCCAGUGA